CGGGGUCGUGCGCUACGGAAGCCGAUCGGGAGGCGGAGUAGGCGGUUGUGCGAGCAACAGCGGGCAGCGAUGGCUGCGGACGGAGAACGCUCCCCGCUGCUCCCGACGGAGUCCGGCGAUGGGGGCAACUCCGGCGUCGGAGGCCUGGUGGGGCCCGCUGGGCUGAUGACAGGCUCCGCCUCGAACCCACCGGGGAAGCCGACCCCUCCUCAGGUUGAUUCUCACAACCGUGUUGGGCCAAUCAAGAAUGCCCCAGCUGGGAAGAAAUACGUGCGAUGCCCCUGUAACUGCCUCCUGAUCUGCAAAGUGACAUCGCAGCGCAUUGCCUGUCCUCGGACAUACUGCAAAAGGAUUAUUAACUUGGGCCCCGUGCAUCCGGGCCCUUUGAGCCCCGAGCCCCAGCCCGUUGGCGUGCGCGUCAUCUGCGGCCACUGCAAAAACAGUUUCCUGUGGACAGAGUUCACGGACCGCACCUUAGCCCGAUGUCCGCACUGCCGUAAAGUCUCUUCCAUUGGGCGCCGCUACCCCCGGAAACGCUGCUUUUGCUGCUUCCUGCUGGGCCUCGUGAUGGCCGUGACGGCAACGGGCCUCGCGUUCGGCACGUGGCAACACGCCCAGCGGUACGGAGGGAUCUACGCCUCGUGGGCCCUGGUUAUCCUCUUGGCGGUGCUGUGCUUCGGCCGCGCCAUGUACUGGGCCUGCAUGAGGGUCAGCAAUCCGAUCCAGAACUUCUCCUGAAGCUCCCCCCGGGCUCUCCGUUUCCAGUUGCUGCUGCCGCCGCUCCCAGCGUGCCAUCUGCCGAGAGCCAGCCCCGCCCUCUUCUUUUCCUCCCCUCUGGGGCCGGGACCUUUUUGUGCCACCCCCUCGCUGUGCCAGCGCCGCCACCACCCCCCUGGAUCACCAUCAUUGCUUUUACCACCUCGAGAGGCUUCCCCGGAGACCCUUGCCUGGGCAGGGAGCGGUGCCAAAAACGAACAUUCGGACCGGAACGAAACUCGAUUGCCGAAAAACUGUGUCUGUCCCAGAGCCAGAGACAUUCCCACGAACCUCAACGGACAGUGGAACUCUUGAUCAGACCAAUUCCAAGAGGUGUUUUGGGAGUCGGGAUUGCGAGCGAUUCCCUUCUGUGGGCGGCAGUCUGAGCUAUGGGGGGGCUGCGUGCUGGGGGCCGACGGCAUAGCGGCAUGGUCCAGCGGGACCUUAGAGAAGAGGCCACCCGAUGGGAAUGGACCGCGACGGGCCUUUGUGUCUCGAGGGGCUCGGCUGGGACACUUUGAAGGGCGGUACGCUUUGAGCAGACGUUUGCUGUUCUCGGAGCUUCUCGGGCACGUCGUGGGCGGAAUGCCAGAGAGCGAUGAGGAGUCCUCGUUGCGUUGACCACACCCCUUUCCACCCUGUGCAUGAGGAGCAGCGGGAGAGGGGACCGGCCAAGCUGCUGCGGCAAUAAUGGCGAAUUGCACAUUCCUCGAACGGCGGGCUGGAGAAGGCGAGCAGACGGACGCUGCGGGUGUGUCUGUGGCUCUAGUCAGCUUCUGUUCCUCGUCGCCUGGUUGCUUGAACGCCUCCCCCGU